AUGAUUAUCACUGGAGAUGAUACAGAAGAAAUGAUCGAGCUAAGGAAGAACUUGUUCAAUGAAUUCGAGAUGAAGGAUCUAGGACUCCUUAAAUACUUCCUGGGGAUAGAAGUGCUAAGAUCGAAGAAGGGGAUCUUCAUAAAUCAGAGAAAGUACGUCCUCGACCUAUUGGCAGAAGUGGGAAUGGUGGACUGUAAACCCGCGGACACUCCAAUGGUCCAAAAUCAUGGGUUACAAAUGAAGGAAAACGCAAGACUUGCCGACAGGGGGAGAUAUCAGAGGUUGGUUGGAAAAUUGAUUUAUCUAUCACACACUAGGCCAGAUAUUGCUUAUGCUGUGGGUGUUGUAAGUCAGUUUAUGCAUGCACCACAAGAAGAGCACUGGGAUGCAGCAUUAAGAAUCGUCCGAUACUUAAAGGGGACGGCAGAUCAUGGACUUCUGUUUGAAAAACACGGGAACUUGGAGAUACAUGGGUUUACUGAUGCGGAUUGGGCAGGAAAUCCGAAUGAUAGGAAGUCAACCGCAGGAUACUUCACCUUUAUUGGAGGUAAUCUUGUGACAUGGAGAAGUAAGAAACAGAAGGUGGUAGCACUCUCUAGCGCGGAGGCAGAGUUUCGCGGAAUCAAAAGUGGAUUGACCGAACUACUAUGGCUAAGGAGGAUUAUGAAAGAAUUGGGCCUGGACUCAUCGAAGACCUGCAAAUUGUUUUGCGAUAACAAGGCAGCCAUCAGCAUUUCUGAGAACCCGGAGAACAUUGAAGCAAAGAUAGUGGAGAUGCCAUUUGUCAAGUCCGAAGAUCAGUUGGCGGACAUCCUUACAAAGGCAGUGAACUCGAAACUAUUUCGGGAAGUAUUGUGCAAGUUGAGCAUCGGUAACCCCGUCGCUUAA